GGAAGAGGGGGCGGGGCAGCUUUCGAUAAAGGCACGCGCGGUGUUGCGAUUGGCUAGCCGUAUUUGUGACGUCGACUGCCGGCUCACAUCGUGGCUCCUGCUCUGAGGCUGGUCGGCGACGCGAGGUGGCGGCGAGUGGCUGAUGUGCUAUGGAUUACCUUUCCAAGCCUGGUCUCUUCAGUAUAAUUGCUGGUGUUGCCUGUGGGGUAUGCCUGGGCUGGAGCAUUCGAGCCCGGUUCUUGCGACCACCCAAAGCCAGAAUGACCCAGCUUGCCAAUGAACUGGGCAACGAAGCCACUAUCAUGGGCGAAAGCGGCGAAUUCAAGAUGGUGAUUGUUGUCCGGAAUGACCUGAAGAUGCAGAAGGGCAAAGUGGCAGCCCAGUGCUCCCAUGCGGCUGUCUCAGCCUACAAACAAAUCCAGCGCCGAAACCCUGAACUCCUGAAGCAGUGGGAGUAUUGCGGACAGCCCAAGGUGGUCCUCAAAGCUCCUGACGAGGAAACGCUGCUUCAGCUCCUGGGCGAGGCCAAAACGCUGGGCCUGACAGUGAGCUUAAUCCAAGAUGCGGGCCGUACACAGAUAGCCCCGGGUUCCCGGACUGUCCUCGGCAUCGGACCAGGACCAGUGGAUGUUGUUGACAAAGUCUCUGGCCAUUUAAAACUUUACUGAAUGUGGAGCAUCUAGCCCAGAGAUAAUGAUAUCAACUGUAUAGAUUUAAAGCAAACAAUCCCUUAAAAACAAUGAUUAUUGAGCAGGAUCAUGGUUUAUUUUUCAUUGCCUUUCAGUAUUUGGAAUACAUAAAAUGCAACAGGUUACCUGUC